AUGAGCUUCGUGAAUCAUAUGACCAACAGUCUUGAGACUGCUGUAUCACAGGCUCCCGAGGGCGGCCCUGGCAACAGCAAUUCUUCUUUUGAUAUGUAUACGGGAAGUGGAUCGGUGGAAGACAAAUCCUUGGUCCGGAAGCAGGACUGGAGGAUAAUUCCACUAUGUGCCGUGGUCUACCUACUAUUUUUCUGGACCGGUCGAAUAUUGGUAAUGCCAGAAUCUUGA